UAAAAUCACGCGCGGUAGAAGACAAGAGAGGAAACCAAAGGCGACAUAGACGAGGAGGAGGAGGAAGAAGAAGAUGAGAGAGACGGUGAAGUUGAUAAGCAUGGAGGGUUUCGAGUUCGUGAUCGACAAGGAAGCCGCCAUGGUUUCACAGACUAUAAGAAGCAUGCUCACUUCUCCAGGUGGGUUUUCGGAGUCGAAAGAUGGCGUGGUGACUUUCCCUGAUAUCAGCACUACAAUUCUUGAGAAGAUUUGCCAGUACUUCUAUUGGUCUCUUCAAUACUCCAGAGGCAAAGAGACCGAGUUCCACAUUGAGCCUGAGCUGACCUUGGAGCUCAUGAUGGCUGCUAAUUAUCUUCACACUUGAAAGAGUUUAUUAACAUUAUUAAACUCUUUAUUCUGGGUAGUCUAGUUUUUCUUUGUAACCAUAAGUUGUGAAUCCCCCGGAGCACUUCGUGUGGGGUUAUUAUAAGUGUAAGCGUUUGACUCAAAAAUGGUUUGUGCUUUAACUAUUGAAUAGCUCCGACGGAUAGUUGUUCUUUUUUAUUUACUAGUUAUGACUAUUGACCGCACCA